AUGGCUUCAAACGUAGAAAUUUUUUUUGAUGAAAUUGAUAAAGUAAGAAUACUUAAUCCUAUUGUUGCAAAGCUAUCAGAGAAUUUAAAAGACGAGUCACGUUUUUUUAUAGAAAAGUACGAUAAAUUUGAAGACAUUUCAAAUGAAUUAAUAACAAAAUUAGAACACUUGGCAUAUGAUGUGGAAUCUGAAAAAAUUAAAGCGAUUAGUGCACAAAAUAUAUUGCAAAACAUACUGAAAGAGAAAGAAAAUGAACAACAGGAAAUACAAAGCGUAUUAACUGAAAGAAAAUUAAAAUUAGAAAGAUUGAAGAUCUUAUUAGGAUCUUUAAGGAAAACUGAGGAUGGACAAAAUGAAACCAUAAACAUAUUUCGUAAACUAUAA